AUGACUGAUCGAACAUUCAAACAGAAUUCUCCAUCUUUUACUCUACGCAGCGAGUCCCCCAUGAUGCGGGAUUCGCUGGAACUGGGCCAAACCGGUAACGCUUUAACUUCAGUUGUUCCAGAGCCGAUUCACGUCUCACGAGAACAAUCCAGCGGAAUAGCCACAAAGACCGGACUUAGUGCACUGCAGUAUACAUUGACGAGCCUGAGCGUUUUCCAGCAGAUUCCCAGAAACUCUGCUCAUGGUGUGGACGAUUUAACACGUAUGAAAAUGGCUUUGAUGAGUGGAAUUCCAAACGAGGUCAAUUGGGCGCUAAGGAAAUACCUUUCUUAUAGCAACAAAGCUCCUUACAUGAUCAGCCUGAAGUCAAACAAGUAUCUUCUGCCACUUUUCACGAACAUUUUGGUGAAAACAAGACCAUUACUCAAAAAAUUGGAUAUGCCGUUGAAUCAGGAAAUUGAUGUCCCCGUCUUUCAGCAAUGCCUCAAUUCUAUUCUCAUUCUUAGAAAUCUCGCCCAAGAUGCUGAAUCUACGCAGGUUCUCGCACUGAACUCCACUGUGAAAGAGUUCAUUCUAGCCGUUUUACAAAUGGCCAAUGCAAUCAAGGAAACUGAGUUUCUGGUUUACGCACAUAACUCACAGUUCUUCAAUGAGCUUAUACAUUACGUCAUUGACCUCAUGGAGGCCAUCUCUUCGUACAUUGCCCCAGCUAGAAAAGACGAUCCAUUUUUCCAGAAUAUGGUCUCUACUUUAACUGUUACCAAAGACAGGUACAUGGUUAUCUCAAUCCUUCGAUCGGUGUCAAGACUUUUGGUUCGGUCCAAAGCUGACGAAGAAAGUGCAGCUGACAAUCUUCACGAUAAUACUCUCGACCAGAUUGUUUCGUAUUUGGUGGUCGAUAACGACAGCGAGCUGGUAAUGGCUUCACUAGACUUCUUGUAUCAGUAUGUUCUCCCGGGCAACGAAAGAAUUACAACCCUGUUACAAAGUGAUCACAGAUUCGCUAUUUUAUCGGCCGUUUUACCAAAGUUGCUGACAUACGGGGUACCGCUCCCAGAUUAUGCACAAUAUAAUAAGAUUGAGGUCAGACUGAAGCCUAGAGUCAGACCUCCAGCUCCAACCGAGCCUCCAAAAUUAGAAAAAAGGCUGUUUUAUGAAAUUUUGGAGCUCAACGAGCCCAUGAGAUCAACGGCUUGGUUGAGAUGCUGUUUCGAGCCAGUCCAGGAGUCUGAGGUAACUCAAAUCAGUCUAUGGAGGGGCUACGAAUCGGAAUUUUCGCAAGCGGUAAGAGAUUCAGGAAGAAAGCUGCUUCCAGCCGUCGAGUUCAUAAAAAAUGUGUCGAAUACUUUUGAGCACGCAUCUGCUAUGGUCAUAACAGAUGAUACUACGGGAAAGAAAAGGUUCGUGAUCAAGGGCAUUCAACCGAGACCGUUUGCUGUGUCUAUCGCUGCUGGCGAUGCUGCUGCCAACUCCUCGGGCAACCGCAUGGCUUUGUCGCUCAGAGAUGAAGAUGGAACAAUCAAAGAAGCAUCACAAACUGCUUUGCCGAUUGUGAAAUUUCCCUCCAGUCUAUCAGAGGUUUCUAAAGCAAGUGCUACUUUCCUUUGCCUAAUUUCCAAUGACAAUAAGGGUAUCGGCUUUACCUUUUGCAAAACUGUCAAACCCAUAAUAAUGCAUCUACUAGCGGAUGUGCCACCGCUUAACUCGGUUUUGGCGGAGUACAUGGACAAUAUUCCCACCGUGUAA